UUUUUAGGUUAUGUAGUGCUUGGUUGUUUCGUUGUGUUGUGAGAAUAAGUUUUGUAUCUUUAUUAUAAAAAAUAAAUACUUUGGUGUUUUUAAACUAAAAUAAUGAAUUCAUUGAAUAGAAAUAAAUCAAAAAUUACACAGAAUGAUCUUCGUAGAAUUAUGUCUGAGAAGAAACGGGAUUUAUUACCGCAGAAGGAGAAGAAAAUAGACUCACCUUACGCCAAAUAUCGAGAUGAUGGCAAGCUGACAUGUACGCUGUGCAAUAGUGUGCAUAUCGAAAAAGUAUGGAAAGUGCAUGUGAGUGGGCGACAACACCAAGAGAUGAUUCGUGUACAAAUGGAGAUGAACUCAAAACGGAUGGCUAAGAGCGCUACAACAAAACGACAUCUACCUGAGGGGGAUAGUGGACCUCCUAAAAAAAUCAAAGGAAUUCUAAAAAACUCUGCUAAACCUGAACUUCCUCCCGGCUUUUUCGAUUCAAAAGAAGAAAAGGUUUCAUUGAACAACAAAUCCAUUACAAAAAUGGAGGUUGAUACUGAUGACUCAACCAGUGAUAGAAAAAGUUCAACUGCGAACAGUGAUUCGAAGGAGGAGGAAGUCGAUGAUAGUGAAAAGACUGAAGAAGAUUUGAAAUCCACCACUGAAAUUCCUGAGGGUUUCUUCGAUGAUCCAAAGUUGGAUGCCAAAGCGAGGAAUAUCGAAUACAAAGACCCCAUCCAAGAGGAAUGGGACAGAUUUCAAAAGGAAAUCAAAGAGGAGAACACAGUCUCUGCGCAAAUCAUCGAAUAUGACCAAGAAGAGGCGAUCGCAGAACGACAGAUUGACGAAAUUGAUGAGCAGCUACGAAACUGGUCCAGAGUCCUUGAUUUGGAAGUGAAGAAGGAGAAAAUUCAAGCAGAACCAGUCACGAAAAUGGAAGAAACAACGGAACGUGAUUCCAGUGAUGAGGAACCCGAUUUUGACGAAUUCUUAGAUUGGAGGGCGAAAAAAUCGUUCCGAUGACCUGGUGAAAUAAGAGUUGCUCUCAUUUUGAAUUUAAUUGUAUCAAUUUCUUGCCUUAUUCUGGCUUUUUGAGUGUAAAAUAUGGGUCACUUCCGUGAAGAAAAAGUGUGGCGUAUUACAUUUACUUGAAAUGUGCACUUCAAGUAAUUCAUGUCGAGGAACACUUCAUUUUUUUCAAACUAAUUUUGAAUUGUAGUUGUUUCUCUCUCUUAUUUGGUCGGAAUUAUCUGUAUUGAGUGCUGUAUUAGUAUAACAGUAACAAAAAAGUGAGUUGUAAUUUCUGUAUUCAAAUUUGACAAUCCAGUCAUGGGUCAACUUUCUGUUUCAUUUGUGUAUUUAAAUAUAUGAAAUUGUGGAAAAUUACUAUAACGAAUGUACGAUAGUUUUCGAAUAUUCUAUUAUUAAACCCUGUAACGCUUAUUUUAUGUAAAUAAAUAAAUUUUUCAGAAUCUUGAA